GCGCUGCUCGGGCGCCGGCCUCCCGGAACAAAGAUGGCGGCAGCGGGCGGUCCUACGGCUGCAAGUCCCAUAGACACUCCAUGCUGCCCCGUCAAAUGCAGAGGCUGGGCAGAGACUGGAUUGCCCACUGGAAUAGUUCUCAAGUGUUUACCUGGAACAGCCCAGUUUUCAACUGUAUGAGAUGGGCUGGACACUAUCCCUGGGCUUCAUUUCCCCUUCCUGUUCCAGUUGAUUUCUCAGCAAACUGGAGGUUGCCUCCAUUUUUUGGACCUUGGAGACAAUCGCAGAACUCAAAUUGGCAGCUUGAUAACUUCACACAGAAUUGUUGCUUUCAUCUAUCUAAUUCCAAUAUGAAAUCUGAGGGAGAAGAACCAUCUACAAAAAAGAGAAAACUCAGUGGCCAGCAUGAUACUUCAACUCCUGAAGAAGAAACAAGCAGCUCUCAUCAGAAGGAAGCAUUGUGUCUUUCUGUAGUGCAGAAUGAACAAAACUGUACCAAAAAGAGAGGAGCAAUCCAAAGACACUGGGAAUAUUUUUGUCAGCAUAGUAGAACAAUGAAGAUUUUUGAAAAUAAAGCAACUGACCAAAGCAAUAGAGAAAGUGAGGCAAAAUUUGAUUUUACAGUCAUGUCCUACAAUAUCCUUUCACAGAAUCUGUUAGAAGAUAACUCCCACCUGUAUAAACACUGCAGGCAGACCUUAUUAAUCUGGACAUACAGAUUUCCCAACAUUCUACAAGAAAUCAAACAAUUGGAUGCAGAUGUACUUUGUUUACAGGAAGUCCAAGAAGACCAUUAUAGAACAGAGAUCAAGUCAAGUCUGGAGUCCCUGGGGUAUCACUGUGAGUACAAGAUGAGGACAGGGAGAAAACCUGAUGGCUGUGCUAUUUGCUUCAAAACUUCCAAAUUUAAUCUGAUCUCAUCAAGCCCUGUGGAAUUUUUUCGCCAUGAUAUUCCACUCUUGGACAGGGACAAUAUUGGACUGGUGUUGCUUUUACAGCCUAGACUUCACUGUAAAACUACUGCUGCAAUCUGUAUAGCCAAUACACAUCUGCUGUAUAACCCAAGGCGAGGGGACAUCAAACUGACCCAACUUGCCAUGCUCCUGGCAGAGAUUGCUAGUGUUGCCCAUCAGAAGGAUGGUACUUUCUGUCCAAUUAUUAUCUGUGGUGACUUCAAUUCUGUUCCUGGUUCUCCACUGUACAGAUUUAUAAAAGAAGGAAAGUUAAAUUAUGAAGGACUUGCUAUUGGAAAGGUCUCUGGACAAGAACAAUUUCCAAGGGGACAAAGAAUCUUAUCUAUUCCAAUUUGGCCAAAAAAAUUAGGUAUUUCACAAAACUGUGUGUAUGAAAUAAAACAGCAACAAAAAGAAGAAAAUGCAGGAGAAAAGAUGACAGAAGCAAAAUUGGACAACACUGAAGAGAUUGUAAUAGCAUCUGAAAAGUUGUCUUCAAAAUUACAGCACCAUUUUAAACUGUCUUCAGUCUAUUCUCAUUACUUCCCUGAAACUGGACUGCCAGAAGUAACAACCUGUCACUCCCGAAGUGCUGUCACUGUGGAUUAUAUUUUCUUUUCUGCAGUAAAUGAUGAUAUUGCUGCCCAGCCAGGAGCAGAGGAUUCUUUCAAUGGAGGUCUGAAACUUCUUGGUAGGCUGGCACUUCUAACAGAGCAAGAUCUUUGGACUGUUAAUGGUCUUCCUAAUGAAAAUAACUCUUCUGACCAUCUGCCAUUGCUAGCGGAGUUCAGACUUGUUGAACGGUAAUACCUAAAGGACUUCCUGUAUAGCUGAAGCUUCCAUCACCAUCUAUCUUUGUGUAAUUUUAAAAAAAAUAUUUCAAGCACUGCUGGUCCGGUUUUAAUAUGUUUGCCUGCAUGCUGAUUUGUUAGUGUUGUGUAAAGUAGACUUUUUAAAGUGACUUUUUUUUUAAGGUUGUUUAAAUUACUCCUUGAAGAACUCCUUGAAGCAAAAAAAAAAAAAAAAAAAAGGGAGUUUACAUUAGCUUCUUUUUGAUAAUGGAAAACAUCCGUGCCAGUCUCAAAAUGGCAUUAUUUUUCACAAAGACGCUAUAAAUGGUUUUUUAUUGUAAAUUGCAGUAAAACUGACUAUUCUUUAAGAAUUGUGUGUUUCUUUAAGUAAAGGGGAGUGAGUUUGUGUGCAUGCCAUACUUUAUAAUGAGUUGAAAGCAAUGUUUAUUAAGGAGUUGCUCUGUAGCUACCUCUCUAAAUACUUCUGCAAAAAGAUUUCCUCAAUUAUCUAGAGUGGAGACAGUACAGAGGCUACAAGACUGGACUCACAAGAAGAAGUAGGUGUUUUUUGGGUUUUUUUUGUUUGUUUUUUGUUUUUUGUUUUUCACAGUAAGGAAAAUAUUUAUGUGAAGAAGUUAUUUCUUAAACUUUAGAAAACCUAAGUACUGGUACUAGCCACUGGAAUGUUUUAAAACAUACCUGAAAUAAAAUCAAAGUUAUUGGGCAUGCAGCACUAUAGCAAAUCAACUAAAUUUCCUAUAGAAAGAAAAGAAAACAUCUAUGUUGAACAAGUAGGAAAAGGCUUUUUUCCAUUUAGUUGUAAAGAAUAUAAAGUUGUGUAUUCAAAUGAGAGCUCUUCUGAGGUAUUAAAUAUUCAGGAUUUUAUAUUCACUUUCAUAAUGCAUUGAUAAACAUCCUCUGUGAAA